AUGUGGAUCAUUCGAAAGGUGCAGGACAGUGCAGAGAACUUUCCAGCUGAGAUCAGUCGCCUUGUGUGUAAAAAUGCAGAGGAGAUAUCGGCAAAGACCAACCUCUUAAACAAACUUCACUGCAAUGUUAUGACUCCAGAUAAAAUACCAGACUUCUUCCUGCCGCCCAGACUCACCCGACGCCCCCUAGUGGCUGUCGAAGAGACUGCAUCACAGUACAACAGUCAAGGAACACAUCUCAACAACAUUCAGAAGCACAUGAUUGAUAAAGACCCCAAACCCAGCCUGUCCAAAUCCAUUCACACAGACACACUCAGACUUGCUGCAACAGCCAAUAGGAGCAAAGGAAAACCUUUACCCUUCUCGUUGAGAUGCUACGAGUCCGGUUUGUACGAGAGUCCCAACACACGUCGCAAAGAGUCCCUUUUUCACUCGGCUAUCACCAGCUACACCCUGGAGAGAGUCACCACCAGGGGGCCACCAUUGUUGCGCUGCAAAGCCCUCUGGGACGCAGGCAGCACAGACAGCGACACCCUCUCUUCUGCUGACUCCUCCCCCCUCGGCUCUCCUCCAAUCACGUGGCCGAUGCGCUUGAAGCGUUUCAGGCAAGAGGCUUCGGUGUCUCGCGCCGUUUCGAAGGAAACUCUCGAGCAGGUGGGCCCCGAAGACACGCCCGCACAGGUAAACUCGACCGUCGGUGCCAAAGGAGUUACGCCCACUCCGACAGGAAGCGUUCCCAAAGCGGAGCAGCCUCCUGGGAGUACCUUAGCCCCGCCGGUCCAGUUUCCUCUGGACAUGCUACACUGUCAGGAACGUCUACACAGGGAACACGUGCUACCCCUACCGCACGGGGGCUGCGUGCGCCUCUCUGCCGAACGCCACUCCUCCCCCUCCCCCUCCCCCUCUCACUCCGGCUCCGCCCGGAAUGCCACCACUCUCCGUAUCCGCGUCGUUUCCGUGGAAGGCCUACGGGAUCGGGAUGACCCCAGGCCUCUCCACUGCUGCAUGACCGUCUGUCUGAUCCCCGGAAAACUGCAACGCCAGCACAGCGCCAUCAUCAGAAACUGCCGGAACCCCGUGUUCAACGAGGACUUUUUCUUCACGGAGAAGGCGGAGGGGGAGUUUGGUUCUCUCUCUCUCAGACUGAAGGUUCUGGAUAAGGCCACGGGACUGGGUAGAGGUUCUGUACUGGGCGUCAUAUCGAAACCUCUACUCCAGCUCCUACCAAUGUGA